CACCAGAUGACAACAACAGAGAGAUAGUUAAGACGAAGGCGAAGAUGUCGUGGGCGAAAAGGGAGACAAUUCUCACGAUUAUCGCAGGCGGCAGCCAUUGAACCCGGGGGAGUCGACUCGAAAUUGAGGAAACAACGAGAGGAGAAGAAGGAGCUAGACAAACAGUAUGACAAGAGCGAGAAUGACCUCAAGGCCCUGCAGAGCGUCGGCCAGAUUGUUGGAGAGGUCCUGAAGCAGCUUACAGAGGAGAAGUUCAUUGUGAAGGCAACAAAUGGACCUCGAUAUGUGGUGGGAUGCAGGCGGCAGCUAGACAAGGGGAAGCUCAAGCCUGGUACUCGUGUAGCUUUGGACAUGACGACGCUAACCAUCAUGAGGUACUUACCACGUGAAGUUGAUCCCCUAGUCUACAACAUGAGUCAUGAAGACCCUGGUGAUGUCACAUACAAUCAGAUUGGUGGUUUGGCUGAGCAGAUCCGUGAACUCAGAGAGGUCAUCGAGCUUCCUCUCCUGAACCCUGAGCUGUUCCACCGUGUGGGAAUCUCUCCACCCAAGGGUUGUCUUCUGUAUGGUCCACCAGGCACAGGAAAGACCUUGCUGGCUCGUGCUGUUGCAUCUCAGCUCGACUGCAACUUCCUGAAGGUUGUGUCCAGUGCCAUUGUAGACAAGUACAUUGGUGAGUCUGCCCGUCUCAUCCGAGAAAUGUUCAACUAUGCACGUGACCAUCAACCUUGCAUUAUAUUUAUGGAUGAGAUUGAUGCCAUUGGUGGGAGAAGAUUCUCUGAGGGCACAUCAGCUGAUCGUGAAAUCCAGAGAACUUUGAUGGAGUUGCUAAAUCAGAUGGAUGGCUUUGAUUCUCUCGGCCAGGUCAAAAUGAUUAUGGCAACCAAUCGUCCUGACACCCUUGACCCUGCUCUCCUGCGUCCUGGCCGUCUGGAUAGGAAGAUUGAAAUUGCUCUCCCCAAUGAGCAAGCCAGGUUGGAGAUCUUAAAAAUCCACUCUGGUCCGAUCACAAAACGUGGAGAGAUCGAUUAUGAAGCUGUUGUGAAACUGUCUGAUGGCUUCAAUGGUGCUGAUCUCAGGAACGUUUGCACUGAAGCAGGUCUCUUUGCUAUUCGCAAUGAGCGUGACUAUGUAAUAGAGGAGGACUUUAUGAAGGCUGUACGCAAGGUUUCUGACAACAAGAAGUUGGAGACUAAAUUAGAUUACAAGCCUAUCUAAUCCAAUAAUGUAAGAUGCUGAAGUGUGUAUACAUGGUAUAUGCUAGCUUUUCUGUGACCACUUUUUCUUUAUAAGAUGUUAUUCCUGAAAUGUUUCUAAAGUCAUAGGGUUAUAGGGAAUUCUUUUUUAUUUAUUUAUUUUUUUCUUUCAACUGUUUUAAAUAAAGACUGGAAAAAUAAUAUAAAUGCAAAUGAAAAUCUUUCAUGCACAUAGAUGUUUUGUGGUGAAAGUUCCCGACUUCAUGUAGAAGUUAAAUAUAGGAAUAAAUGUGCUCAUAUUUUAAUAUUUAACUAACUUUUCAGCUUAUGGAACUUAUACAUGUAGAAAUCAAAGUAAACUUUUUUUUUUUGUA